AUGUACAAGCAUUUGUUCUUCGCAGAUGAAAUGACAUUAUCUGAAAUUGUAGACGUUUCCAGAAACGAUGAGAAUAUCUUACAAUUUGACAGGGAAAGAAAAGCAUUUGGAAUUCAGUGUGGAAUGCAUAAUUUGUGUUACUGUCGUAGCAAGAUGACUCACCGCACCUUUUGCUGCGACUGCGCACAGGGACCUUGUUUUCCUGCUGUAGCCACUGUUUUCACGGAAACCAAUAAUGUGAUCCCUAUGAAUGAACUUAGAAGUGGACAGCGAGUUUUAACAGUGACAGAUGAUGGUACAGUGACAUUCAGCAAAGUAGUAGCGUUUCUUGAUCGCCGUCCACGAGGAAAUGCCGAAUAUCUGGAACUAGCGACAUCUGCUGACGCAUCUAUUAGAUUAUCCAGUAGUCAUCUGGUUUUUGUUAUUCACAAUAAAACGUCUAAAACCGGAGCUACCAGGUAUGCUUCUGAAGUUAACAUUGGCGACAUUCUUCUAGCGUUACGUCACAACAAUGGCACCAAGGAAACUGUACCAGCGGUUGUAAGGACGAUCACUCGAAGGAUACUCAAGGGGGCCUACGUUCCUCUUACAGAACAUGGCACUUUGCUUGUAGAUGGCGUUCUAGCUUCAUGUUAUGCAUCUUUUGACCAUCAGCUGGUGCACUACUUUCUUACGCCAGUGCGCUUGUACCCCAUGCUUUUUUACCUCUGA